GGCUUUGAGCUUUUGUUGCCGCCAAGUGCGAGUUUAGUAGCGAAUUUCGAACGGUCGCGUCUCGAGAAAUUUGUCCGACGUUUUCUCACCCAUUUAUGCAUGCAGGUAUUUAUAUGAAUUAUGCAUAAACCAGCAUUUGUUUGUGUUUUAUAUGAAGAUAUAGAUAAAAGUAUGUCUGACUUCUAUUAUAUAUAGAAUUGAUAUGUAUAUAUAUAAAUAUAUCUUUAAGUAUGCGAUCUAGCCUAAAUAUUUUGUACAUAAGAAUUUUCUUUAUAAAUAUUCAUAUAUUAUAUUUAUUCAAAAUUUUAGUUUGUAUACAGAUAUAGGAAAUUAGGAAUAUACACAUAUACUUAUGUGAUAAAUUAUAGAUGCUGUAAUGUCUCUUAAUAACCCGCACGUCAAUAAAGAAUGACGGUGCAACGUAAGGACAUAAAUGGCAAAGCAUUGUUUGUAGUUUGUCAACAAAGUACCAGCUGUCGCAUAUUGUAUUGUCUUUGCUUCUAACACAGCAGUUCGUGUUUACAAACUGCUGCUUGUUUGUCAAUGUCACAAAGCUGACUGUCUUGUCAAACAUAAACGACAGACAACAAUUGAAAAAAGUUGUGUCUCUGGAUAUACAUAUGUAUUUACGAACUAUAAGACUAUUACACAAGUGUUUGUGUCAAAUCGGAGUUUUUGUCUGAGUUCAGAGUGAUUCCAAACAGCCGCGUGCUUCUUAUCGUUAUAACUUUCAUUAUUGUAGAAUUUGCAUAAUUUAUACAAACAGAUGGCGCAUAAAACUUCGAGAAUUGGCUCUGCUGCGGAGUUGGAAUUUUGUACGCAAUCGAAAUCGAAAUUAUCUCAUCAAUAUUCUCAGGCAUCGGGAGAUAGGAAUAUAUUCGUAUCGCCUUUGGUAAAUAUUCAAUAAUACACUUAUAUACAAGUAUACUAUCUAUAUACACUGAAUACAUAUAUCAAUAUGAGGGUAUAUAGAUAUGUUUAAAAAAUCAAUUAUUAAUUGUUAUCUUUAUUGCUUCGUUGUUUUAUGUAACAUUUACGGUUUUCUUUAUUUUGUAAUAAAGGCAUCGAACUUGGACAAAGGAAAUUCAUUCGUUUCCCAGGACUUUCAAAGCAGCUAUCCAUACACAUGCUAUUCACAAGCUGAUUUAGCCGCUCGACGCAAAAUGGCCACAAGAGAAGGUACUUCUAUACUUAAACGAUGGCUGUAUGACCACCUGAAGAAUCCAUAUCCGACAAAAGGAGAGAAAAUAAUGUUGGCCAUUAUCACAAAGAUGAGCUUGACUCAAGUGUCCACUUGGUUCGCUAAUGCACGACGGCGCCUAAAGAAAGAAAAUAAAAUGACAUGGUCGCCAAAGAAUAGAACUGACGAAGAUGGAGAAGAAGAAGAGGAGGAGGAGGAAGAUGAAACUAAUGAUUCCAAAAAAAAUGAUGAUGAUGAUGAAGAAAUUGAUGUUACAGGAAACUUGGACGAGGACGCUUUAUCUGAUGUUGAUAAUGCCGCAUCAAAGCAAGUAGAAGCUCCUUUAAUAGCCGAGGAUAGUAGAGGAGAGAAAAAAGGGAAAAUUUGGUCUCUAGCCGAUACGGCAACUUGCCAAGAAAAUGAAGAAGAGAAGAGGAAACGCCGGGAAGAGCGACGCCGUUUCUCCACCUUCCCUUCCUUCCUCAAUUAUUCUCCAUAUUUAGGAUAUGUUUCCAUACCAACGCCAUCUACAGCUUUUGUCACUUUAAGAUAGUGUUGAUAAUCUUUUGUUAAUGUGCUUAAAAUCGUGUAUAUAUGGAUACGUAUGUAUACAAUUGGGAUGUGUAGUAUAAAUCUGUAUAUACUGUAUAUCUGUAUAUAUACGAUAUAUAUCUGUAAAUGCAUGUACAAAGAGGCCGCGUCUAGUCGAGUUUGUGAUAUAAACGCGCUCAAGUUGUAUAUUCGUU